AAGAUGUUCGCUUUGAGUGUUUUCUCCAUGGUCCUGAAUUUUUCCUUUUGUUUUUGCCAUUUGAGUGACCCCAGAUGCUUUUGGAGAAUAAAAGACAUGGAAAAUUAUCUAGCAGAUAAAGAGGAUGAUUGUUUCUUUUCCAUUUAUACAGAGCACGGUAAUGUGAAGAAUGAUUACUUCAGUGAGAAUCUAAACAAGCAGGUGACCCCAAAGACCAUCCACUUUAUUUCCUCUGCUUAUUUUGCCUUUGAAGAAAUCAAUAGGAAUGUUCAUAUUUUACCCAACAUUUCCCUGUUAGUUAACGUUGAAUGUAACCUAAUUAAGGAUAUUGUGGAAAAUGUUUGGUCCUUGAGAAAAAAGGAAAUUAUUCCUAAUUACUACUGUAAAAAUCAGAGAAGAUAUUUAAUUGUACUUACGGGACCUGUAUGGAUGACAUCUUAUAAACUUGGACCAUUCCAGUACUUCUCCAGAACUCCAGAAGUUUACUGUGGUUAUUUUCAUUUCCUAAGUAACCAGGAACAGUUUCCUCAUCUCUAUCAGAUGUCUCUCAAGGACACAUCUCUACCACUAGCCAUGGUGUCUCUAGCAGUUCACUUCAGAUGGAACUGGGUAGGAGUGAUCAUUACAGAUGAUGACCAUGGAAUCCAAUUUCUUUCUGAAUUGAGAGCAGUAAUGGAAAGAAACACUGUCUGCUUAGAAUUUGUCACUAUUAUCCCAAAUGAUAAGUCAUUAUACUUUAAAAUGGUGCUUAAAUAUUAUCACCAAAUCAUAAUGACAUCAGCAAAAGUUGUAAUUGUCUACGGAAAUAAAGACUCUCCUGUACAAUUGAACUUCAUGCUUUGGAAAUUUAAAAAUAUUCAGAGACUCUGGAUCAGUGUGUCACAAUUUGAUAUGAUCACAAUGAUAGGAGAUUUCAUGCUUAACUCCAUGCAUGGGACUCUUAUUUUUUCACAUCAGCACUCUGAGAUGUCUGGUUUUAAAGAAUUUCUGCAGACAGUUCACCCUUCUAACUACAGUAAUGAUAUUUCUUUUGCUAAACUGUGGUGGACUUACUUUAAGUGUUCUUUGCCACCACCUAAUUGUACAACACUGAAGAAUUGUGCAAACAAAUCCCUAUUUAAAUGGCUUUUUGUUCCACCCCUUGGAAUGUCCAUGAGCGAAACAUGUUACAACUUAUACAAUUCUGUAUAUGCUGUGGCUCACUCACUUCAUGAGAUGCUUCUGCAACAAGUAGACACAGGUGCAGAACAUGAUGGUAAGGUACUGGAAUUUAACUCCUGGAAGAUGUUCUCUUUUCUGAAGACCAUACGAUUUGUAAAUCCUGCUGGAGACCUAGUGAACAUGAACCAGAAUAGAAAACUGGAUAAAGAGUAUGACAUUUUCUACAUCAUGGAUUUUUUAAAACAGGAAGGACUUAAAAUGAAAAUAGGAAGUUUUUUUGGUCAUUUUCCUAAUGGCCAACAACUACUUAUAUCUGAUGAAAUGAUAGAGUGGGCUAUAGAUAUCAGCCAGCAUAAGUUUAAUGCAUCUUGUGGUUAUUCUAGAAAAAUUAAAUCUGACAGUUCUUCCAUUCCUGCACUAGACAUGGAUCAAUGUGUGAAAUGUCCAGAGGAUGAAUAUGCCAACAUAAAUAAAACGAACUGCCUCAAAAAAGUUGUGAUAUUUCUGGGUUAUGAAGAGCCCUUGGGAAUGACUCUGGCUAGCUUGGCUGUGUUUUUCUCUUUUCUUGCAGUUUUUGUUCUCUGUGUCUUCUUGAAACACCGUGACACUCCCAUAGUCAAGGCCAAUAAUGAAACUCUCACUUAUGUCCUACUCAUCUCUCUCAUAUUUUGCUUUAUCUGUUCCUUGUUCUACAUUGGUUAUCCCAGUAUGAUACGCUGCAUCCUACAGCAGACCACUUUUGCCAUUGUGUUCACUGUGGCUACCUCUAGUGUCUUAGCCAAGACAAUUACUGUAGUACUAGCUUUUAAGAUCACUGUUCCGGGAAGAAGACUGAGGUGGAUGCUGCUUUCAGGGGCACCUAAUUACAUCAUUCCCAUAUGCACCCUGACCCAAAUGAUUGUCUGUGGAUUUUGGCUAGGAACUUCUCCAUUUGUUGAUGCUGAACUACACAUGAUUCAUGGACACAUCCUCAUUGUUUGCAACAAAGGUUCAGUGAUUGCCUUCUACUGUGUCCUGGGCUACAUGGGCUCUCUUGCUCUAGCAAGUUUCAUUGUAGCUUUCCUGGCCAGGAAUCUGCCUGACACAUUCAAUGAAGCAAAGCUCCUGACAUUUAGCAUGGUGGUGUUCUGCAGUGUUUGGAUCACUUUCCUCCCUGUCUACCACAGCAGUAAGGGUAAGGCUAUGGUUGCUGUGGAGGUCUUCAGUAUAAUAGCCUCCAGUGCAGGGAUAUUUCUAUGCAUAAUUGUGCCAAAGUGUUAUAUUAUUUUGUUGAGACCACAAAUAAAUUCUUUUUAUGAGUUUAGGAAAAUAAAUGUGAGAGCUAUAAAUAUUAACUAA